AUGGCUGGUAACGAUAGAAAACAAUCUGGUGUGGCUCGUUUGCUAGGCUCUGCCUCAGCCGGUAUCCUGGAGAUCGGUGUAUUCCACCCGGUCGAUACUAUCUCGAAGAGAUUGAUGUCUAAUCACACUAAGAUCUCAUCUAGUGCGGAGUUGAACCGUGUGAUCUUUCGUGACCACAGUGGCGAGGCUUUGGGUAAGCGUUUGUUUACUUUGUUCCCAGGUUUGGGUUACGCUGCUGUGUACAAGGUUUUGCAGAGAGUUUACAAAUAUGGUGGUCAACCAUUCGCCAACGAGUACUUGAACAAACAUUACAAGGCUGAUUUUGACCAGACGUUUGGCGAAAAGACUGGUAAGGCCUUAAGAUCUGCUACUGCAGGUUCUCUUAUCGGUAUCGGUGAAAUCGUUCUUUUGCCAUUGGACGUCUUGAAGAUCAAGAGACAGACCAACCCUGAGUCCUUCAAGGGUAGAGGCUUCUUGAGAAUUUUGAAGGACGAAGGUUUGUUCAACCUUUACAGAGGUUGGGGAUGGACCGCUGCCAGAAACGCUCCCGGUUCAUUUGCGCUGUUCGGUGGUAACGCUUUCGCCAAAGAGUACAUUUUGGGUCUCAAGGACUACAGUCAGGCUACUUGGGGUCAAAACUUCGUUUCGUCGAUUGUUGGUGCUUCUGCCUCGCUAAUUGUCUCUGCUCCAUUGGAUGUUAUCAAGACUAGAAUUCAGAACAAAAACUUCGACAACCCACAAAGCGGGUUCACCAUCGUCAAGAACACUUUGAGGAAUGAAGGUUUCACUGCUUUCUUCAAGGGUCUAACACCCAAAUUGCUAACUACAGGUCCAAAACUAGUGUUUUCUUUUGCUCUAGCACAGUCUUUCAUUCCAAUGUUCGACAAAAUGCUACAGAAAUAA